AUUGAUCAAACCGGCAACAUAGCUAUCCUUUUCAUUCCGAUCCAGGUCGGCAUUCAAGAGCCCGGCCCCAUCCAAAAGCCAGUACGUUCAUAAGAUGAAAACGGUUUCCAACCGGUACUACGCCUUCGUCCACACAGCCCGAUGAUCUCCGCUCCAUUAUCGUAGAAGCUGUCCUUAGACCGACUCAUCCAGUAAAGACCCAAUGCCAUCUGCAUCCACCCACACUACUCGUUCUUUCCCUCGCCAGGUUUCUUCCAUCACUUAUACCCAUACCAUAGACCAACAGACCCCAGAAGAUACAACACCCCCAAAACCCCUCAGCUUCAACCCCAUCCACAAACCACCCCCAGCCCAUCUAAUCCACAACAAGCCCCACUACACAAUCCCUCGCGAGGCGAGGUAUCCCUACUCCACACGCCCUUGCAGGCCCGACCCAAUGCGUUCUUCGACCCUGAGCCGUUACUCGGGGUUUGGGGCUUGGGGUUUGGGGUUUGGGCUUCGGGGUAUACCUCUGCCGCCACUUCCAGGCCCGCUUACGGGAACAAACCAGAUCAGGCCUAUAUAUGCCUCGAGAUAUCCCCUCUGCAUUCAUAUCAUCGAUCAAAGUGAAAGCGCGGCACCUUUGGUUCUAUGCUUAUCGAGCCCUACCCACCGCACGGGAAACGAAGAUGUCGUUCGUUCAUAUGAAGAGAAGUAACUUAUGGCUUGGCAAAGCCAAAAGAGACGAGAAUAAUGAAAUACGUCAUGACUUGUCAAAUGAGAAUCGAAACCCAGUGCCGCCUUACUUGCAUUCAGCCAAUCUACACGCACAGUUUGCCAUGCAAAGGCUCCCCAAGUUCCUAUUGUCUAUGAGAUACGACAG